UAUAUAUAUAUGAUUUACAUUUUGUUUUCCAGUUAUUCAAGGAUGAUGUGAAUCUGUUUACUUUCUGUCAUGAUUUAAUGAUUUUGUUUUGUUUUUUCUUUAUGUACACGGGAAACAGAAUAGUGAAUAAAUUCAGUAUUAGGGAAGUGCUGGUAGAACGGCAAAACAAUGCCGCCAAGUUCGGGAGAAUUAUGGGGUCAUCAUUUGAUGCCGUUGCAGAUACAUGUUGACUGCCUGAUGCCAACAGGAAUUCUUUUACCACUCAGAUGCAACAGAGAUGCUACCAUGGAAAGAAUUAAAAGUGAUUUAUGGACAGAGGCAAAACGAUGGCCAUUAUUUCACAAACUUUUAGACCCCUCGUCAUAUAUUUUCGUUGGAAUAACACAAGAUGCUGAACGUGAAGAGUUUUAUGAUGAAACUAGAAGAUUGUGUGACUUAAGAUUAUUUCAGCCGAUUCUAAAAGUGGUUGAACCAAAGGGUAAUAGGGAGGAAAAGAUGCAAAAUUAUACCAUAGGCAUGACUGUGGGUAUCCCUGUGAACGAGUUCAAUGAAAUGAAAGAUCUAGAGGUCAUGACCUUUCGACGUAAUAUUCUCAAAGUGUGUAAAGAAGCUGUUGAAGAUCGUAAACGUAACGGUAAACACAGUCUGGCACUGUACACGUACCCACCCGAUGUAGAAUCUUCCGCUAAACUUCCGUCUCAUCUUGAAGAGAAACUUCAUCAAACAAACAAGCAUAUCUAUGUAUGUAUAUGGGUGGUACAACAAGACAAAAGUCGGAACAAAUACACAGUAAAAUUACCUCACACAGCUAAACCGAAUGACGUCAUCGCGGAGACGAUACGUCGUAGGAGUAGAAAUAUGGGACGUAACAAGGAGGAGAUUGAAAGAUGUAUUGAGGGAUUCUCUCAUACCUAUGUACUUAAAGUGUGCGGCUGUGAUCAGUUUUUAUUUGAAGGAUAUCCAAUUAGUCAAUAUAAGUUUAUUAGAGAUUGUAUAGCAGGGGGAAUAAUUCCCCAGUUAAUGUUGUUAAAGAAGGAAAAUGUUCAUGAUGCUCUACGAGACACACCCUUCCAUCUCCCAUCUUACGUCCAAAGAGGUGUUCAAGCUCUAACAGACAUAAAUAACAAACAAACCCUGUCACUUCUAGAGAUGAGUGUCAACUUUAAAAUAAAAAUACAUUGUGCAACAUAUGUGAAUGUCAAAGAAAAAGGCAAUAUUUAUGUAAAAGCUGGUAUUUACCUUGGAACAGAGCCAUUAUGUGAGAUUAAACAAACAAAAGAAGUUGACUCAACAAAUCCACGCUGGAACCAGUGGCUGGAGUUCCUAUACUUGCCAGACAUUCCCCGUAGUGCAAAGAUUUGCUUUUCAAUUUGUUCUGUGUCAAAGAAGAAAAAUAAAAAGGUAUUUAUGACCUGUUUGACCAUUUUAAAUCUGAAUUUGAAUGGAUCCAUUCUGCUUUUGGAAAAAAUUUGGGUCUUAAAACCUAUGGCCCUUCCCCUCAUGGCCCUGAUAAAAAAAUUUAAAAACCCUAUGGGUAUCCCCGGGUUUUCAAACCCCGACAAGGACUGCCCAUGCCUAGAGAUUGAGUUUGAAAAAUUUAGUCCAGUAUUGUCCUACCCUCCAGACAACCAGUUAGAGGAGCUGGCUAUGUAUGCCACUAACAGGGACCGGGGCCAGGCUUCCUUAGCGUUGCAAGCAGAUGAUUGGAGAAUAGAAGAAAGUCAGCUGAUGAAAUUAUUAGCCGUGAUCCAUUGUAGAAAAAUCUCAGAGCAGGAAAAAGAACUCUUGUGGAAAAGAAGAGAUUACUGUUUGCAUCAACCAAAUUCUUUACCAAAACUUCUCAGUGCAAUAAAGUGGAAUGACAGAGAAAAUGUUGCUCAGGCCUUGAAGUUUGAACCAUAUUUGGACAAUCCGGUGGCUAGAUUCCUGCUCAAGAGAUCAUUAAUGAACCAACGUAUAGGACAAAAACUAUUCUGGCAUCUGAAGUCUGAACUACAUCAUAAAGCAACAAGAGUACGGUUUGGACUGAUAUUAGAGGCUCUGUGUCGCAGUUGCGGACCAUUCUUACAAACAUUGUCCAAACAAGUGGAAGCCCUUGAGAAAAUGACCAAGCUCACUAACAUGCUGAAAUAUGAAGUUAAAGAGGAUAAAUUAGAACAGAUGAAGUGCCUUCAUGAUCAACUACAACAACCAGAUUACCAAGAAUGUCUACAGAGUUUUACAUCACCUCUAAACAGUAGCCAUAGAUUAGGGCUUCUUAGUGCUGAACAAUGUGAAGUGAAGAUGUCAAAGAAGCGACCACUGUGGAUGGUUUGGCACAACCCUGACCAGCUGGCUGACCUCUGGUACAAGACAUACAGUAUACUCUUUAAGAAUGGGGAUGAUUUACGUCAAGAUAUGUUGACGUUACAACUUAUAAGUGUGAUGGACAGCAUCUGGAAAUCAGAAGGUUUCGAUCUACGAAUGACAGCAUAUUGUUGCCUAGCAACUGGGCAGGAUGUAGGUCUCAUAGAAGCUGUAAGAGAUUCAUCAACUAUCAUGAAGAUACAGGAGAAAUCUGGUGCUAAAGCCAUGUGGCAGAUUGGAGGUACGAAGGCCUUACAUAGCUGGAUCAAACAGCAGAAUGCUGACAGGUAUGAGGAAGCUAUAGACACAUUUACCAAAUCCUGUGCCGGUUAUUGUGUGGCAACAUUUGUAUUAGGCAUUGGUGACAGGCAUUCAGAAAACAUCAUGGUGGCCAGAGAUGGACGGGUAUUUCACAUAGACUUUGGUCACUUUUUAAACCAUAAGAAGAAGAAGUUUGGUAUAAAUCGUGAACGAGUACCGUUUGUGCUUACAGAAGAUUUCAUGAGUGUGAUAUCAAAAGGCAGGGACCAACCACAUAAAACUAAAGACUUUGAGAAGUUUCAAGAGCUCUGUGUGAAGGUUUACCUUGUUUUAAGGAAGGAAUCAGAUCUGAUAAUUAACCUUCUUACUAUGAUGUUAUCCUGCGGAAUUCCAGAACUUCAAUCACUAGAUGACAUAGGUUAUGUGAGAAAAACACUUGCCGUUGAAAAAAGUGAGGAGGAGGCAAUAAUGUAUUUCACACAACAGUUGAAUUCAGCGUACAAGGACCAAAAAUAUACAAAAAUAGACUGGUUUUUCCAUGCGUUGAACAGUAAACAGUGAUAUGUUAACAUUUUGACAUGCAUUGACUCAUGUGGGUGUGUGAUAUCUGAAGACAUUUUGAUUGUUAAAAGAGGUAUUUGAUUUAAAAAAUUUAAUGCUUGAAUUGGCUAAGUGUACUCCAAAUUUUCAUGGAAUUUUGGCAGGUGGUUCAUGGUAAAAUUUGCUUGAAUUUAGCCGUUGAUGUCAGAGCCAGAGUCACAUUUUUGUCAUUACUGAAAACUGUUGUUUUUAGUAUGAUUGACUCUUUUUCUCUCCAUAUUAAAAGCAGUUUUAGUGCUCAGAGGGUUAAGUUCUUCAAAUAAAAGCAAUAAACCUGCUAUUCUGGAUUUUUUUUGUCAAAUUACAUUAAAAUCAACCCAUUCAUUGCAUAAAGUGCAUAAAAAAUUUUAAUAUGAUUAAAACCAAUAUUUUUGUUUAUUAUUUUUUAUGCUAAGAUACUAGACUGGUACACUUUGAUGUAGUAGUUUAACAGUUGUAAGAAACCAUAGACUAUUAAUUGAUAGUGUUAAUUCUAAUUUUAAUGUUACUAACACCUUGAACAUAGGCAAUUUCAUAAAACUUCACAAAUAUUAUGUUUUUUAUUAACAUCUAUUGUUCUGAGGGGAGAUAAAUAAAGAGUAGAUUGUCAACACCCAAGAUAAAUUUGAAAAAGAAAAAUGAAACUGAAGUAAAACAUUGCAACACACACAUAUACAAGAUAUUAUCCAUAAUUCAUAUAUCGCAUGCAGAAUGAUAAUAGAAUGAUAAUGGACUAUGUUGAUCAAAGAUGUUAAAAAUGACUUAAUUAGAAAUUGAGGGGAGGGGAGUGGGGAUAAUUGUGUGUACUUGUGAGAGAGGGUAUCAUGUAUAAGGUGGCAAUUGUGCAAUAUACAAGCUGCAGGUUAUUUGAUAUCUCUAUUAUUGUAUGACUUAUAAAACACUUGCUUACAUCAUAAUAAAAAUUAGAUAUUGAAUAAUUAUAUAUGAUUUAUAUUUAACACAAAUGUCAAAAUUCACAUGGUCAGAAAAAAAACAUUUAAUUUGGUUGAUGUCAUGUGAUUUUUGUAGCAUUUAUGAUUUGUAUGUUUGCUGUUUGCAGGCCUGAUGAGUGAUAUUAGAAAUAUUAUCCUAAAAUACUUGUAUAAUAAAUUAGUGUUAUACUGGUUAUGUCCCCUUGCUGGAUAUACAUAUGGGGAUGUAUUUUUAACAGAAGUGCUUUGUGUAUAUUGAAUUGAUUUGAAUAUUGGUAUUACAAGUCAAAUGGUCUGAUUAGUACAUGUAUAUGUUUUAUGUCAAUGACUGUCUUAAUUCAAGUGCUAUAUUUAAUAGACUGACUGUACUGAAAACAAAUACUAACAUUUGUUUGAAGAAAGUGAUGACCCUUUUGAUUUUGAGGUCAUUAGAUCAGAGGUCAAGGUCGCUGUGACAUUAUGUGUAUAAUCCUUGUUUGAUCAAUUACUUUAGAAAAAAAUAGCCAACUUAGAUAUAAAUUGGUAGGGACUUUGCCAAUGGCAAGGUGGUGACAUUUAUUGAUUUUGAGGUCAUAAACACAUAGGUCAAGGUCAAAGUGAUGCUUGUUUAAGAUUCUUGUAUAAGAUUACUGAAAUGUAACCUAGUGCAAUACUUACUCCAGCUUUCCCUUUAGUAUUACUAUAUUGAAAUAUUUGAAACUAACAAUCGCCUAUUCAUUGAAAUUUUAAGACUGGGCUUGUCGGUUGUGUAAAUAUGAGAGUACAAGUGUUAAUUCUGCUCUGGAAUACCAAAAUCACAAAAUUUUAUUAAUGUUUUUUUAUAUCAAACAUACAGGUGUAUUUCAUAGUCUAUACGAGUUAUAUAAGUGUAUAUCUGAUUUUUUUUUUCUGGAUUUUUUUUUUUUUUUUUUUUUUUUUCAAAUGAUUUGUGUUUGCUAAUAUCUUUUAUGAAGUAAUCAUAACUGUAUAUUUUUCUGACAUGAAAAGUUUUGUAUAAGAUGGAGAAAUUUAUAUACAUGUACAAUGAAACUUUCAAAGUGGGUAUACUUUAUUUAAGUUUUUGUUUAUUUUUAGUCAAAGAUUAUUAUUACAUUUUUUUUUCAAAAUUAUAUAUUUUUUUCUAAGUUGUGCAAAAAAGAUAAUUAUUUACAUUAUAUAUUGUAAUAAUGGUUUAUAGCAAGUUCUUUACACUGAUUUAUUAUUCUGUUCCAAAAAUAAAUAAAUCAUAAAUAAUGAUAAUCUUUUUUAUUAGAAAAAUCUACCUAUAUUAUAUGAUGAAUCCUACCUGUAUUAUAUGAGGAAAUCUACCUGUACAGUCAGGACUCAAUACAUCGGAAUCCAUUAUAUUGACAAAUUCAAAUAACGACAGUGAAUUGGUGGGAACCCAAUUUUGUCAACGUUAUUGUAAUCCUUUAUAACGGAAAAUUCGUAUUCCGACUCCGAGACAAUAAAAUUGGAAACCAAACACGUUAUUUUCUAUACAAUCAGUACCCGUUAAACUGACUCUUGGUUAGUCAAGCGUGCGUAUAAAACAAAAGCCGCAAGGUGUUAAAACAGGU